AUGUGCAAAGACAGCAAAAUCCACAGUUUCCUCCAACAACUGCCCAAAUGUGAACAUCACGUCCAUUUGGAAGGAUGUCUGACUCCGGAGCUCAUGUUUUCGCUCGCGGCUCGCAACGGCGUGACGCUGCCAGACCCGGACACGAGACCAGAAUUCAGCUCCGCCGAGGCGCUGUACGAGAGAUAUGAGCAUUUCACCUCGCUUGACGACUUUCUGAGUUAUUAUUUUAUUGGCAUGUCCGUGCUGAAGCAGAAGGACGACUAUGAAGCGCUGGCCUGGGAGUACUUCCAAAAGGCGCAUGCUGACGGGGUCCAUCACGCCGAGGUCUUCUUCGACCCCCAGGAACAUAUCAACCGAGGAGUGCCGUAUGAAACGGUGGUUAUGGGCUUCAAGGCCGGGUGUCAGCGUGCCGAGCGCGAGUAUGGAAUGACUACGAAACUGAUUUUGUGCUUUGUCAAGCAUCUUCCGGCAAGUGAUGCUAGCAAGGUUUUUGAUUUGGCCUGGGAAAGGGGUGACUUUGAAUUGGGUGGUGCUCUGCACGGUAUUGGAGCCUCGUCCUCGGAAGUUGGCCCUCCAAAGGACAUGUUCAAGGAGAUUUAUGCCACUGCGCAUUCAAAGGGAGUUCAGAGAACCGCCCACGCGGGCGAGGAAGGCGAUCCAUCGUAUAUCAUAGCUGCGCUGGACGCCUACAAGUCACAGCGAAUCGAUCACGGAAUCAGAUUGAUCGAUAGCCCUAGUCUGAUGGAGCGCGUUGUGCAAGAGGAGAUCCUUCUCACAGUCUGCCCGGUCUCCAACAUCAAGCUACGCUGUUUCGACCAUAUCAGUCAAGUCCCCAUCCGGAUGUUUUUGGAUGCUGGGGUUAAGUUCUCUAUUAACAGUGAUGAUCCAGCUUAUUUUGGAGGCUUUAUUCUGCACAACUACUGUGCCGUCCAGGAAGCGUUUGGCCUGAGUGUGACGGAGUGGAGGACGAUUGCUCUGAACAGUAUUCAAGGCAGCUGGGUUGAGCAGGACCGGAAAUUGGAGAUGGAGAAUCGUGUCCAUGAGCACAUUCAGAAGCACCAGGCUUAA